UGGGGCGGCGAGAGGGAGGCCGCAGUGUGUGUCUGACCAUGUGUGUGGCAGGUGUGUGGUGCGCGGGGCGGUGACGGCCACACAUGCAACCUCUACACACCUACGGGGGGCAGCAACGAGGGGUCAUGUCACGUGUGAGGGUCGUGGCAGGUGUGUCACGUGUGAGGGUAGUGGCAGGUGUGGUGAUACUGUGGUGCAUGGCGAGCGUGACCGAGUGUCAGUUCCGCAAUGACCGGGAGGAAGACUACUAUUACUACAACUCUCGCCGGGACCAGCGGCCGCCCUACUCCACCCCGGCGUCGGUGCGUGCCCAAUACAACAGCGGCGACACCUACUACGGCACCGACCGUCGCUACGACACCCGCUACGACGACCCCUCCAGGGUCCGGGGCUUCGACAACAAGUUCCAGGAACCCAGUUUCCGUUACGGGGAAGAUAAUACCGACGGACGCCUGGGUAACCGUCGCUACGACGCCAGGGGCCGCGAGCGACCGGGCUACGACGGCCGCCUUUGGGACGCCCGUAACAACGGCCAGUUCGGCGUCCUAGACGGCUGGAGACCUGACCUCCAGGGUGAACAGCGGCCCUCAGAGAAGCCAGGUCACAACUUGCCCCUAGCGGAGGUGUUCGUGACUACGGACAGUGGUAAGGUUCAGGGCUUCUACGUGUACCUCUACGACAAGCCCGGGGUGCGUCCCUACGAGCGCCCGGCCAACAAGCCCAUACACCAACAGCGACAUGUUCUCAAUGUCACUACCUUCCUUGGCAUACCUUACGCCAGGCCACCCAUCAUCGAAGGAAGGUUUAAGCCGCCGCGACGUGUGGAGAACUGGUACAGCACGUGGCAGGCCCUGGACUACCAGAGCGCCUGCCCCCAGAACCUGAAGUAUGUGGGCGCCUCCAACGGCAUCAGGAACGGUAUCCACGAAGACUGUCUCUACCUCAACAUCUUCACCCCCACCGUAUCGAUCACCGUGAGCGACCAGUACCCCGUCAUGUUCUACAUCCAUGGAGGAGAUCUGGACCACGGUGCCAGCAACCAGUUCCCAGGGCACAUGCUGGCCGCAUGGGGUGAGGUGGUCGUUGUUACCAUCAACUACAGACUUGGAGCUCUCGGGUUUCUGAGUACGGGAGAUGUCAACUCGCCUGGUAACUACGGUCUCAUGGACAUGGCCAUGGCAUUAGAGUGGGUCCACACCAACAUACGGUUCUUCAAUGGGGACCGCAACAAGAUCACGGUGUUUGGCCCAGGCGCGGGAGGUGCCAUGGCUGGCAUUCUUGCUGUACUACCUAAGACUAAGGCUUUUGUCAGUCAGGUCAUAUCGCAGAGUGGGUCUCCACUGGCAGAUUGGGCAGCACUUGAUGAUGUUUACAGAGUGCAAAACACCUCUCGUGUUUAUGGUCUGGGAGUUGGCUGUACGGUUGAGUCCUCCUACAAGCUCCUACAGUGUCUAAACCGUCGCAGCUACGAAGAAUUGGCUUCAGCUCCCAUCACACCAGAUAUAGGCAGCUUUGCUUGGGGUCCUGCUGUUGACGCUAACUUCACAGUGCCUGGAGAUGAUUGGUACAAGGACUGGAAGGAGAGAGAUUGGCACAUUCUACCAGAACUGCCCCUGGCUUUGUUUAUGAAAAACCACCACCAUCCACAGCUACGCUACCUCACUGGGGUCAACAGAGAUGCAGCAGCCAACAUGAUUUUUGAGGACAAUCGCUUGGUGCGCGAUCUUCAUGUUGUCACGGAAGACUUCUUCAAUCAACGGAUUAAAGACUGGGUCAAACACUAUAAUUACUCUCUCAACCCAGAAGGUGCCUAUGAUGCUAUAAAGUGGAUGUACACGUAUGGUCCAGACCCCCACAACACUACUCACAUCAGGGAGGAAUAUGUCAAAAUGCUCUCUGAUGCACUGUACAAGUCUGGUGUGGAUCAGCUAGUGAAGGUAUUAGUUAAUUCCACCUCAAAGUACAGUGUCCCUACCUAUUACUACCUCCUCAACACAACAGUAGAGGCUCUCAAACUUCCAUUUUGGAGAGAGAUUCCCAACAAUAUUGAAUUCUACUUCCUCUCUGGAGCACCAUUUAUGGAUCCAGACUUCUAUCCAGAAAAGUUUCGUGUGUCCCGCGAGCAGUGGGGUGAGGGAGACCGCAACAUCUCAGAGUUCAUGAUGAGGACCUUCGCUAACUUUGCCAAGUGGGGGAACCCAACACAGACUCAAGUUGAGAUCCUGAAGGUGAACUGGGAACCAGUCCUAGAAGGAAAUCUGAAAUACCUGAGCAUCAACACCACCUUCAAUACUAGCAUGCACUAUAACUAUCACCAGUCAUACAAUACCUUCUGGACCAUGUAUAUCCCUCAAGUUGUAAGAGAAUGGGUACCAACUGUCCCACCGCCAGUAAAUCCUUGGACACAGCUGACUCAGCCUAUUGUAGCAGCAUUUUAUGGGACGCUGGCAUUUUGUGUGGUGCUGCUUGUCGUCCUAUUUGUGUGCUGUGGCCUGUGGAAGUCGGCCAAGAGACAGAGAAACAAAGCCUUGGAUGAUCUCCAGUAUUUCUCAACUGACAACAUUGGGCCUCCACAUGAGUCUGAAGAUUACAAAGUAAAAGAAUAUCUAGAUAAGUUGUCUAACAACAACCACCAGGAACAGUCACGUUCAGUCACUCCCAACACAGUCACCACUGAAACCGCAGAUUUCUCAGAAAAUACCAUCCUUAAAUCCAAGGAGCCUUACCGUCCAGGUUACCAGAAUUCUAAUAUGGCAAAAUCAGUGGAUCAGCUUGAUACUCAAUACCGUCCUCCUCAACAUACUCCUAUUAUGUCAAGAUCUACAGACAAUAUCAUUCAGAAUUACCAAGGAGGUUAUGGAAGGACUGGAAUGGGCCCAGAGUUCAAUGUAAGACAGCAGCAGCGACCUAUUACUCCCAAUUCCAUGGUUCACUCUGAGCCUAAUGAUCGGCCAUCUCGGGAACUCAUGACUAUGCCAUUAGUGCAGCAAACUGAACCUAAAGUAAAAAUUCCAGUACCUGCUAUGAGGACUUCUGUUGCCACCAUAACCUCAACAACUGGCCUCUUGCACACAGAAUUGUGAUCUCACCUCGUCUUCCACUCAACAGUGGUUUUCUCUUAUGGCAUUUAUAACAGUACCAUGAAUUAUUAACUCUUGUAAUAACCAAAAUUAGUUCUGACCACUUUAGUUUUUAUGAACUCUUGCAGCUGGACACAUUUUGUUGCAAAUGAUGCCCCCCUCACUAUUGCUCUUCCAAGUGCCAAAAUUAAAGUGUUGAAGGCAUUAUAUAUGUACAGUAUAUAAAAUAAUUGAUUAUCUUUCCAGGUAGACAAGAAAUGGCCUUGUGUGUGUACUUUAGUUUAUAAUCAGUUAGGUAGUGUGAUGUAUAGAUCCGGGCAGUGAAGGUUGUAGGGCAAGAGGGCGGCCAUGGGAAAGAUCAGCUGAAGGUAAACUGACAACACUUGAUGUAAUCAUACAUUGUAAAUAGAGUACGUCAAGUAUUACUAUAGUUCAUUUUGUUUUUUUUACAUGUCCAAAAAAAACAAAAACAAAAAAAAAAUUGUUGUUUGUGGUUGUAUGUGUGAUCUCAUCUAAAAUAGUGUGGAUUUAUGACUCAUAUUAGUAGUUGACCAUAACAAACCCCAAUAACAUUAGUCACAACAGGUCACAAGCAUUAUAUAGUAAGAUUACAGUAAUGUAUACAAAGGUCACAUACAGUACUAUAGCAAAGUUACCCAAAUUUUCAAAUUGAUUUGCUUUUUGUUGUCUAAACAAGAAGAGUAUACUGUAUUAACACUACAAAGUAAUGACUAGUUAGGUUUUGUCAAAUUUGUGUAACUUUACCAAGUAUUAUUUAUUGAAGUUUCUUGACAUUUUAUGAGUACAGUAUCUCGAAUUUACUUUGAUAUAUUUUCCAGAUUAACUUGGGUCUUGGGCAUUGUUAUUGGAACUACAGCAUACCCAUUAAGCAAGUAUCAAUUGAGUAAAAUUUAACAAAAUUAUUCAAUUGAACGUUUAUCUGUACAUCGUGCAAAGAAUUAAAAUGCGCAGAGAUGUUAACAUUCACUUAGACCAGUUAAUAAUCCAUAAGAAACCAGCAUUAACUAUGCAACAUCUAUCUUGGUUCAACAAAGUCUGAUUUUUGGUUACAUAAUAAUAGUCAGCCACUUGACAUUUUAUUUAGGUGGCUUAAGUGUAAGAUAAGGCCAUCAGUUCUUGUAGGAAACAAUAGCAGAGAACAUUAAAAUUUGAAGAUAAAAUAAUAUACCAGAACUCAACUUCACCUCUGCCCAUGUCUUAUGCAUUUAAAUUUUAUUCUAUUAAGUACUUUGUAUAUUUUUUUAAGAAAAUUUAGAUGUAUAUAGGAAUAAUUUAUUAAGUAAGAGUAUAUUUAAAUUAAAAAAAAUUGUACUGUAUAAGGACGUUAAAUAAUAAUUUGCUGUACUUAUAAUAUACUAUUUGACAAAAAGAACUGAUAAACAAGUUCCCCUCCCUAUUACCUUGACUGACUAUACAUACUACUAUAAUAUGUACUGUACUACUACCAAGGACAGAACUAUAAAGUUAAGAGUAAUCACUGUAAGUAAUCACAAAUUUCUUUCAGUAGCAUGUUAUGCAUCAUUUUGUUCAGUUGAUAUUCUUAACCAUUUACACUCCUAAAAUAAAAUACAAGGUCUACCAUAUGUGCAUUUAAAGUAAUUACAAGAAAUGAUAGUUAACAAUAUGUAAUGAAAACAAAACUGUAAAUAUGAAUACAGUGCUUAAUUCCACUGUAUAGUGGAUUGCUGCUACAGUGUAGCUCAGUCUAAUGAAAAAUCAGACUUAACAGAAAUGGUAUCUGAAUUAGUAAUUAUCAAACACUAAGCCAGGCUAGCUAGAGAGCACUCAGCAUCUGGACAAGAUGAAUUUGACUAAUUUCCAGUAUAAAUAAAUUCAACAAAAUAUUAUUUCAUCCAAAUGAUUUCAAUAUAAAAAUGCUAAAACCAUGCCAUAUUAUUUCCAUUACUUGCCACACUUAGUGUGGUGUUAGUAAUGACUGGAUGCAAUGGAGCGAGUACAGAACCAAUUGUUUCAUUCAAGACCGAAUCUACUGUAUUUGUAUAAAUCUAUUUUCUUAUUUGUAUAGUACAUAUGACUAUAUAUGACUGUAGUUCAGUACUGUACAGUGAAUGGUGGUAUGUCAGCACCUCAGACUAAUGAUACAUUAAAAGUGUUUGUGAAGCUAAUACCGUAAUUUUAUCAAUAGGUCAAGCAUUAGAAUAUAAGACUAAAAAGAAGUGUGUGCAAUCUAGCAUCUCUUAUUGGGCAUGUUAUAUUCUUUGCAUUGUCCAUUCAUUCUAGGUAACUUACUUUGGCACAAAAUAUCCAUACCUUUCAUGGAGUGUUUAAUUUCUGCAAGGUUGAAGCAUCAGCUGGUAUCAGUCAUUAGCUUAUGCAAUGGAUAAAAUACUUGCAUAUUACUAAAAAGCUCAUUUCUACAUUAGCUGCCCAUUUUAGUAUGUAAUAUACAGUAUUGAAUGUUUUAACUAUGAGUUCUGAAAGUGUGUUAGCAUGAUGUUCAAAACAUGUUAUGAAGUUUCUUGGUGUGAACAUGUUUAAGUCUUUUGUAUAUAUAUAUAUAUAUAUAUUCUUCUAAAUUUUGUAAAUAAAUGUCUUUUGUA